GUUACUUGUCAUUGCUUAAUGGCUGCGCCCUUGCAUUGGUUUUGUUUAUGUUUUCUGUAGUUACGGUUAACACAUGGCUUAGUACAUAACGGUUGUUAUAAUCAGGAGAGAAGAAAGUAUUUUUUCGAACAUUGAUACACUUGUCUAUGAUAAUGGUAUAAAAUGGAUGCCAAAGAAAUAAAAGCUCUUUUAAAGGAAGCAAGGGAAGCAAUCAAGAACAAGGAUCAUAAAACUGCCUUAAAACAUUGCAAGACAGUGUUGAAGUACGACAGGAACAACUAUCAUGGCCUGGUUCUGUUCGGAGUAUCCCUGCAAGAGUCCGACCAGCGAGACCAGGCCCCCAAAGCCUUCAGGAAGGCCAUCGAGGCAGCCCCCAAGCAGAUUCUGGCGUGGCAGGGUCUGGCGUCUUUCUAUGAAAAAGAAAACUCAGAAGAAGGGCAGAAAGAACUUCUUUCAGUUUAUCAGCAACUUUUGAUUCUCGAGAGUGAUCUGGGAAAAUUCACAGACAUUUGUAACAAGUUGGCUGUACUGUCAGUGAAACUGAACACCAUAGACGAGUUUGUUAAGAUACUCUCGCACGACACAGUGGCAGCGACUCCGGAGCGGCAAAGUGUUGUGUGGAAAACUGUCUCCUUGGUUCUUGCGCAGCUAAGAGACCUGCCUGAUAAUUUAUCGGAGGUGUUGGAGCUGUACCUGCGGAAUGUAUUAAAGAGUUGCGAGGACGGCGAGCGGGAGGAGUAUUACAAGAAGUACCUGAAAGUGCUCUACAAGCGCAAGAAGUACGAGGUGUUGAGGCAGGAGGCGACGAAGAUGCACAGCCUGUGCGCGGACAGUGUGUACCCGCUGGAGUGGGUGUGCAAAGUGUACAGCGAGGAGGUGGCCCGGGGGCAGGACAGCCCGAGCGCGAUGGGGGGCGUGGCGCGGGCUUUCUGUAACAAGCUGGCCGAGUCACAGCCGGGAGCGGGCAUGGCUCUCGUGGCCCGCGGGGCACUGCUCCUGGCCGAUGGGGACCCUGUGGCAGCCCGGGACUCCUUGCAGACAGCGGUGUCGAGUAUGCCACACAUGUGGAGCAGCUGGCUGCUAAUGGGACAGUGCCUCCUGAGGCUGUACGACUACUCAGGGGCCGAGCAACACUUGUCGGAAGCCCGGAAGCUGAUAUCCAAACAGAGUGACGAGGGACUGUACAAAAAAGGGUGUGCCCUGCUAAUAAGGGCUCUCGCGAUGCAAGACGAUGCAGACAAGAGAAAAGAAGCAGUGGAGCUGGGGCAGCAAGUGCUGUCGGAAGACCCCGGCAACGUGGACGUGCUGACAAGCGUAGCGAGGGCGCUCAUCGCCCUCGGCGACAUCCCCGGGGUGAAGCGGUGCGUGGCGGCAGUCAGCGAGCUGGGGCAGAGACGGCUGGUGGCCUACCUCGGCGCGCUGCUCCUGGAAAGCUGCGGAAGGCACGAGCAGGCAGUGGAGAAGAUGAAUGUGGCCGUGACGGAGGACCCUGGCAGCGCGGAGCUGUGGCUGGAGCUGGGCCUCAUGCACUGGCGCCACGGCGACCACCACCUCAGCCUCAUGGCGCUGCUCAAGGCCACCAAGUUGGACCCAAAUUGCUACAUUUGUUACUUGUACUUGGGACACCACUACAAACAUGGAGACAGUGAUCUAGACAAAGCUCGUAGAUGCUACCAGAAGGCAUUCCAGCUGAAUCCUAGCAGCAUGGAGGCUGGAGAAUCUCUCAGUGACAUCUAUAGGCAACAGAAGAACUACGAGGCGAACUUGCAGCUGCUGACGUACGUGACCCAGCAGACGGGGUACGCCGGGGCGAGGUGGGCUUGGCUCAGGCUCGGCCUGCACCACACAGAGCUCGGCAACCACCAGGAGGCCAUCGACAGCCUCAGAAUCGCCAUCAGAACCAAUCCCAACGACAGCCACUACUGGGAGAGUUUAGCUGAUGCCUAUUACGCUCGGGGAGCAUACACGGCAUCUCUGAAGUCGUACCAACGAGCGGUGGAGCUGAGUCCGGAGGCCGUCUACCCAGCGUAUCAAAUUGCAGCUAUCAAUCAGAUAAUAGGUCUGUACAACGAGUCAGUUGAGCAGUUCAAAGCUCUGGUGGCGAGCAACCCAGACUAUGUCCCGGCGCUGAAAGGGCUGGGAGAAGCAUGCUUAUGCAUGGCUAGGAACUACAGGAGCCGCCAGUUGCUCGGCUGCUGCAUGGACAGCUGCCAGGAAGCCUUCGAUGCCAUAGAGAGAGCGGUGGAGCAGCGGCGCGACCUGUCCUCCUUGUGGAAGCUGCUGGGGAACAUCUGCUCGCUCGCCUCCCAGCUGCCCGACGCGGUCUGCGGCCUGUCUGCGCACGCGUGGCUCGUUCAGCCAGACCCUGGCGACCCCGCGCGGAAGGUGUCCUUGCUGAGGGGCUCCGUGUUCCAGCUGGCAACCAGGUGCUACCACAGGGCACUCGCGCUGUCCCAGGACAACAACCUCCUGUGGCACGACCUGGCCAUCUCGCACAACCUCCACGCCGACCACUGCUCGGAGCCGGAGCCGAGACGCAGCUCGAGGGAGAGGGCGCUGGCCGCCGCCAAGAAGUCUGUGCUGCUCGGCCCACGCAACUGGCGGCACUGGGACCUGGUGGGCGUCGUCGCCACUUCCACAGAAAUAAAAAACUACAGCCUUGCUCAACAUGCCUUCAUUAAGUCAGUGCAGCUUGAAAACAACAACCCGGUCUCCUGGACGAAUCUGGGCGUGUUGUACUUGUGUCUGAAUGAACUGAAACUUGCCAAUGAAUCAUUCAAUACAGCACAGCGCAUUGAGCCAGCGUACAUUGAAAGCUGGAUUGGACAGGCACUUCUGGCGGAAAUGGUUCACAGCGAAGACACGAUGGACCUGUUCCGGCACACCACGCAACUGGGCGUGCACACAGAGAGCUGCUUGGGCUAUGCACACUGGGUGUGCACCACCUUAAUGUCUACCACUGACAGACAUGACCCUCGCUAUGUGUAUGGCAUCGAGAAGAUGUUUGCCAUCCCAGUGGCGGCGGAUGCCAUGACGUGGUACACAGCUGUUGUCUGUGACAACCCUUGUGCGUUCAACAUGCUGGGGCUGCUUCUGGAACGCCAGAAGUUGUACGGCGGAGCAGCUCGAGCGUUCGAGAAAGCUCUGGGCUUGCUGGCGUCAAAAGACGAGGUCAGCUUGCAAGACCAAGUGCUGGAGAACCACGGGCGCGUGCUCGUACAAUUGCAGAAGUACGAUGAGGCUAUUCGCUCGUAUCAGCAGAUCAAGCAGGCCAGUUUCCACUCCCAGUGCAGCUUAGCUGUAGCUUUUUUUAAGGCUGAAAAAUACGAAGACUCAUACAUAACUUACGAAACAGCACUAGAAUGGUUGGCUCCUGAUGAUGGUGCCAAAUCUCAUGUGCUAGUUGCCAUGGCAGCAAUGACAUAUUUGUUCCAAGGAGUGGAAGAUUGUAAAAUUCUGCUAUUUCAGUGUAUCCAGCUGAAGCCACCAUCGGUGCAAGGGCUGUUCGCUUCCUGUGCACUGGGCAUGCUGCACGGAGACCUCAACUUGUCCGAACUGACGCUGAAAGAGCUCCUGCAGUACAAAGAUAACCCCGAAUUCGUCGCUCACAUCGCCGUUUUCAAAGCCUACAUUUAUUUCCUUCAGGAUCAGAGCCGCAAAGUGGAAUCAAUCCGCAGCUUUAACAACACUGUCCAUCGCCAUCCAGGUAUUCCAUCCCUGUGGCUGUCUUUAGCUCUCUUGCUUCUGCUUCUGGAACCCAGCAAGAAGGCAGAAGCCGCUGGGAGAUGUGCCCAAGUAGCUAUGGUUGGAGGCAGAAGUACCAUGGAUGUGACAAAGGUGAUGUCCCUAGUCAGCUUGAGCCACUUACUGUCGGGGAAAGCCACAGCAAGUCUCCGCAGCUCCCAGAAAGCUGUUCACAUGUUUCCUGACAUCCCAGAGAACUGGGUGGUGCUUAUAGCUUCUUUCUUGCCGUACUGCGUGCACUCACACUCGGCACAGAGCACACUCUGGCUCAAACAGCUCAUAAGCCACGUUCGGCGCAAGCUCGAGUCAUCUCGGCAAACGGCAAAGUGGCUCAGCAACUAUGAGCGCAAAGUUACCAUGCUAGCAGAUGAGUGCAAGAAACAGGAGCCAUGACCAUUUUAUGAUCUUAUAUUUCACGUGAGAGUUUUAUUUUGUUAAAUUAUGUUUUAUAAUUAAACUACUUUGAAGUGGUCGCCGUGAUAAAGUAUUCUCGAUGAAAAUAAUUUUUUAAUUAAUUAAAAGGAAAGAUGCUGUCCUUAGCAUGAAUAAGACAGUUUGUUGUAAAACUGAUCUGAUUAUUUUGUGCAAAAUUUUGUUUUGUGUGUAACAAAUAAUAAUCCAACUAACUGCAUACAAAAAAAUAUUGAGUUGUCUGUAUGUUCUUUAUUGAUCUCCAUAAUUUGAUAUCAAUUUGUUAAUGGAGCUAAAGGAAAGUUGUGUUGAUAUCAUGCAAGUAUGUAUACAAGAAAACAUCUGUUAUUUUGUCCCCAACCAUGCCUAAAGACAAUAGUAUUCCAGUUUACAGUUAGUGUUUAGAGAAGGUCCGUCCACCACGUUCUGCAUUCCGGCUGCUAGAAUGUUGAGUACAAUUUUUUGUAUGAUCCUGCAAAUGCAGACUACAAAACUUGUUUUAAGACAAAAGAGAAAACUGAGCAAAUAGGAUUAGCUUUGAAGGUAAAAAGUAAAUGUUGUUUUUAUUUUUAUUAUUUUGAUAGUCAUAAUUUUUUUUUUUAUGACAUUUACAUUCAUUAACAGUGGAAUGUCAAUAUAAUGUAGAAAGUACCUGACUUUGAAGAUCAUAUUUUGGAUUGCUAAUAUUGCCAAAAAUGUUUUAAGUUUAGUAACAGUUUAGUAUAAAGUAAUUUAACUAUUGUAUUUACCCAUAGAAGAGUUUCCCCUGCGUAUGGGUCAUGGAUUGCAGCUAUAAUUUGAGUCAUAAAAAUAUAAGUAUGAGUUGCACCAUAUAUAUGUCUGUAGUACAAGUGAAGUCUUUGUUCCUGUCUCAGCUUAUUUGUGCAAGGAACUGGUGUUAACCCUCUGCCCUCUUUUUGUCUGCUUUGAGUGCUACUUCAUUACUGUUUAGAAGGGAGUGAGGUGGCGUCAUUCUGCCCCUACUUUUCUCCGCCUCACCCUACUGAUUUACGACCCCUCCUAAUAACAAAAGAUAGGCUGUGGGUCCCUUGUAUUUAAAAAAAAAAAAAAAAACAGUCCUCUUCCACAAUAGAAAAAAAAAACCAGCAAGCUACCCUUUCUUGUCAGUUUCUUAUGUACAAACUAGCAUGCAUGUUACAGUCGGCAAGAAAUUUGUGGGGGAGCUGGAACGUAAAAGGCUUUCAAAGCAAGGAUGGUAGCCGUAGUUUUGUCAUGGAAUGUUGCAUUUGAAAGCUGAGGAAUCUUAAGCAAAAAAUAAAAUUAAUAAUGUCGGGUCAUGGUUGCGCCUUAAAAAACUGUCAAAAUAGACACGUGGACAUUAUGCCAGUUCACGACAUUUACAAGUGUGGGAUGAAGGAGUGUGGGAAGGGGAACCAUCACACCACUACAUGGCUUCACGCACUCACAGACGCGCACACACACAAACUAACUGGUUUAUUUUUAAGAUAUAUGCCCUCCAGCCGAAUGCCAGCCCAGCAAGUCACGUCACUUCCCGACACGGCGGCGGCCGGGCGACUGGCGCGCGGGCAGACAUAGCACAAUGACGCCAUUCAUAGUGCCUUUUCACGUGCUGCUCAGAUAUUUUAACUGAAAAAUUUAUACGUACUCGUAACAUACUUAUUAAAACACAGGAGGGUUAUUUACAACCAUAGUAUUCAGCACCAUGUGCAUAGGUUGCUGCUGUUUACAGCUACAUCCUGUAUGCUGCAAGAUACCUCAUUCUGUGCACCUGGACGUUAAGCGAUGCAACAGGAAAAAUCCUCAUACUACAAAAAAAAUAUAUUAUAUUUCAGCUUCCAUUCAAUUAAAAAAAUGUUUAGAUCUAAACUACUGAAAUAAGUGUGAUUUACUUUAAAAAAAGAUCAGUUUUAAUUUUUCGUAGUUGAUUUUGCUAACACUUUUUCACGUUCUACAAUUUUUUUGGGAACUCUUCAGGCUCUCUGAACCAAAUCAGGAUAUUCUAUUACUAUUUACCGGACUAUUUAAUUCAAAUGCGUAAACAUUUGCCUCAUAAUUCCUUUAACACCCGCACAAAGGAGGGAGAAGAGGUAAAAAUGGAAUCUGAAGUUAAUUUUUUUUUCUCUUCAUAAAUUGGUUAAAUAACUUACAGUGCACUCAUCAUAGCACAGUAGAUGAAAAUUUUUGAGUAUCCACUGGCAAACUUACGCUUAGUUUGCUCUUUCCUGCGCCAAUAUGUAAGGGUGAAUCCAAAGGGGAAGCACAGGGGCAUGUGAUUCCCCAUCCCCUCCCCAGAAAGAGUAGAAAUUAAAUGGAUAAAAAGGCUUCGGAAAGAGAAUUUAGACCAUUUUUAUAUAUAUUAAAUACUUAUCAAAGAUGGAUAUAUAACUAUUAAUAACUUAGUCUGGAUAUAAUAUCAAGACUGACUAAGUAGAGACCGGAAAAAUUCGCGAAUUCAUUUCGUAAUAGGCUAAUAUACAAAUAGUUAUACCGCAGUGCUGCCUCUGCUAUUGGCUCUUAACUCACCUGGAUGACUCUGGGCCAAUGAGAAACACCCGACCAAAGCUUUAUCAAAUCACAGGCUGCUAUGUUGGGACAUCUUACAAUACAGCAGCCAAUGAGUGGGUGACAUUUGACGGAGUGUACAUAGAACUAUGGAGUCCAUCCUGCAGAUCAUUGAACCCGCGAAUUUUUACGGUCCCUAGUUAUUAGUAUCUAGAUAUUAAGUCUAGUUUCCCUGAUUUUAUUGGGGAGAGGACGCUCAGGUUUCCAUUGUCCCUCCCAGAAGUCAGUCCUGUGUCCGGCCCUGCCAACAUGCUGAAUUCCUGACAUUGUCUACUUUUAGCCCUCAGUGACGCUACUCAUAAUCAAUUAAUUAGUUUAGUUCAUUUAGGGGCAGCAAUCAUUUGUGUAAUUUUUCCUUUGUUAAAUUAAUAUUUUUAAUUUUGCAAAUUGGAAUUUUUGCAAAUUUUUUUUUGGUUACUUUUCUUGCAGAAACUUUAACCCUGGAGUGCAUUUGCAGCUUUACUUCUAGAGUUAUGUGUUUGUACUGUAUAAAUUUAAGUAGAAAAUCAGCAUGUACAUAAACAUUGAAUAUUUUUAGAAAUAAACACAGUGUCCAAUUAGCUACUGUUAUAGCGCGAUAACUGAGUGAACUAUAUACGAUAACGAUUAUAGAUGCCAUUAUAAUACAACAAUUUAACGGUGAGGCUACACCAUAGUACUACUCACCGCCAUGAUGAAACAUACGACUGUCUUCCGGCUGGAAGUCCAGGGCUGCCAACUAUUGGCAGAUGAUGCUGAAUAAUGGUUGCCACUACACAGCAGCGCGGGAAAUAAAAACUUGAAGUAUUCAGAGACUUCUCAGAAGCACUGAUUACGUUGAGGUCUAAUCAAUGUUACUAACAGAAAAUUACACACACUAAUAUACAGUCUGAACAGCUACAGUUACAAUAUUUGCAAAUAUCUAUUUGUAUGACCAA